UUGAUUUGUAAAUAAGGACGAUAAUUUUCAAAGAACAAAAUACGCAUAUUAAAUUAAUAAUAGUUGGACUGGAAGUUGUCAAAGUGCUGUUGGAUCAUUCAUGAUUCAUUGAAAGACGUGAAUUAUGUAAAAUUAUUGAAAUAGUGUAAUUUAAUAAAAAUGGAAGAUUUCGAUUGUGAAAAAUUUGAGAAUAGAUUGAAAAACUUAAAGGAUACACAAGAUUCCAUCACAGGCCUUUCCAAAUGGUGUUUAAACAAACGAGUGGCACACAAGUCAAUUGUCAAAUGCUGGUUAAAAGUUCUAAAAGAAGUUAAAAUUGAGCAACGGCUCACGCUGUUUUAUCUCGCGAAUGAUGUCAUUCAACACAGCAAGAGAAAGAACUAUGAAUUUGUAGACAGCUGGGCUACAACAUUGCAAAGAGCAUCUACACUUGUUCGAGAUGAUGCACGAGUUAAGGAUAAAGUUUCAAGGAUCUUUAAUAUUUGGCAACAGCGUGAAGUUUAUGCUGAAGACUUUAUUACUGAUCUCAAUGGAUUGCUUUUAAUAAAUCAAGUGAAAAAGCCAUUAUUUACUCCGUCAGCUACAACUAGCUACACAGCUUCUCCAGUUUCAUCACCAACACAUCGUUCAGAUGACAAUGAGGAUGAGUUUCAGCUCCAAUCACUUAUAUCUAAUAUUAAAAGUUGUGUGUCCCUUGAAACUGAAACUGAUAAGAAUUUAAAGCACGUCAUCAAAGCUAGUGUUCCAGACAUUGAGAAAGUACGAAACAGUCUUAAAGAUCGAACACAAGUCGAAGAAGUAGAAAAAGAAGUUGAAAAUGCCUCGACCAAACAUGAGUUAUUCAUCAAUAGUAUAAAUUCUGAAAUUAAAGCACGAAAAACCUUGUUAACUGCUCUCGAACAAGCAGAAAGGUUUUAUCGCAACCAAAGAAGAGAUGUCAAGAAAGUCGUUUAUGCUUAUAAGAACUUUGGCGAUAGGAUAAAAACGAUUCAAUCGGAAUUGAAUAAGAAAAUGAGCCAUUUACCGAGUCCAAUACCAUCUCCAGACAUAAAUGCACCGUCACCUGAACCAGACAAUGAUGAUUUUGAUCUUCCAGCUGAUGUCAAUUUCUAUAAUGCAAACAUGAAUGGAACAUUCGGUUCUUUCAUGAGUGAUGGUCCAUUGCCAUUCGAUGUAAAUGAAUUUUAUAGGGAAUCGCCUCCUCCCGUCGAACAUAAUCAAUCAAUUCAAGUCAUACAAUCACAAGAUCAGCAGCUAGCAACUGCACCAUUAAAUGAUUUCUAUAAUAAUAUUAUGCCUCAAAAAUUGGAAGCUUAUAAUCCAGCAUUAGGUUAUAAUGAUUCUUAUAGACAGCCUCAACAACCUCCUUUACCAUCAGCAGCACCACCAAUGAAUUUUGCAUUAUGUACAGCACCUCCUCCUCCACCACCAACUUCACAAAACAAUAAUCAGUCACUUAAUUCAAGUAAUAAUGAUGAUUAUUCAUGGAAUGAUUGGAAUAUGCAUCACAUUGAUACGCCAGUAUCACCAGCAAAUUAUGAGCGUAAAGGACACGAUGAAAGUAGCAUUGUAGAGUAUGUGGAUGAAAGCUUACGAGAUAUCGAUAGUUCAUUGAACGACAUUGAUCAUCGACAAUUGUUUCGUGCUGAUAUUGAGACAAAAGAUGUGGAUCAUAGAAAUUUAAUUUCUCUCACAGGAUCACCGAGUCAGAUGCAGAAUAAUAUUCCCAUGCAUCCAACAAAUGGAAAUAAUGAUUUUAUACCACCAAUGUUGGACCAUUCACAAAUGAACUAUCCGCCACAUCCUGGCAUGUCUAAUUUCCCUACACAGCACCGAAAUCAACGACCUCCUUUACUUCCUACUCCAAAUAUGCCUCCAAUGAGAUAUUCUCGAAAUAUGAGCAUAAAUAGUGACUCAUCUAAAGGUCCUGAUGAACUGGAAUCAUCUGAAAUGGACAUGGAAUUAUCUGACGAUGAUCUGUCAGGAAUUGAUGGAAACAUGUCCAAUGAUUUCUACAACAUCAAUCAGAACAUGCACAGUCAUCCACCGCGCUAUCAACCUCAUCCAAUAAGUCUUAAUAGACCUCCACCAUCUUUGCCUUUGGAUAAUGAUCCAAUGAAUCAACAGAGAAAGUCAUGGAUUCAUAAUAAUGCUGGUAAUUCUGACUUACCGCCACUUGAUGAUAUUGACUUGCCAGAUCCACAGCAAACACCAAUUGGAAUUCCUACACCAAAUUCAAACUUUAAUCCAGGAUUUAGACCAAGAAAUCCAAAUAAUUUCCGUGGACAGAAUCGUGGUGGGAAAAUGAUGCGAGGUGGAAUGAACAGCAAUAAUGGAAAUGGCAACAAUUCACCAUACAAUUUAAAUAAUAACUUUAAGAAUCGAGGACGUGGAAGAGGAGGAUUUCGUGGUGGAAAUAAUUUUCGAGGCAGUCAGUGGUAAUGGAAGUCGACAGCUAGCUAUAGUUUUUAUGAAUUACUAUAACUAUUAUAACUGUAUUUAGUCUUUAAGAAUCACUUAAUAAGAUGUAAUGAUAAAGUUGUUUAUGAGUGUUUUCAUUAACUAAUAAUGUGUAGUUCCUUAGCCGCAAUUAACAGUUCCUCAUAUGUUGAGAACAUUGUUGCUGUUAAGGAUAGAAGAAAGGCA